CUGCUCUCAUUCAGUCUUAGCCUGUGCCCUGUCCCACCAAAGCAUCCUCCCCAUGACGUCUCAAAUCGACAUCACCACUCUCAAUAUCUACGGCAAAGCAGGCGCAGAGAGCUGCGACUGGACCAAGUACAUUUCAGGCCGCCAGCAGUACCCUGCCCGCCUGUACGACACCGUUUUUGCCUAUCAUCGCGGCGACUGGAAGGAGGUCAUCGACUUCGGCGCUGGCGAUUGCACGACGUCGGCUCAGCUGCUCAAGCGCUUCGACCAUGUUGAGGCGACUGAUCAGGCCGAGGAGCAGCUCAAGUUGGGUCAGGAGCGACUGCGCAAGGCUGGCAUCGGAGAGGACAGACUCAGCAUCAGGGUCUGUGAAGCUGGAAAGCACCCUGGCGAGGCGGGCAGCACGGACAUGGUGACGGCCUCGACCUGUAUCCACUUCUUCGACGUGCUUGCGUUCAUGGAGGACGCGGCUCGUCUGCUCAAGCCUGGAGGAACACUGGCCGUCUGGACCGGCGGAUUUGCCCCCUACUUUGUCGAAGCUAUCGACGGCAAGGCCAAGAAGUCGCCCUUGUUCGACAUCUUCCACGGGUUCAUGAAAGCAGGGAUUGCUCCUGACAUGGAGCAGGUGAGUGUCUUUGGCGGGACAGAGCAGCCGGUCACAGUGGCUGAAGCGCUCCUCUCGACGCCAGCAUUCUCGUCGCGUCAUGUACCUGAUCAACCUCGACAACAUCGGCGUCCCUGCUCAACUCUUCAGUGACGAGACGCGCUACAACUUCCAUCCACCCAAGGGCAUCACCUUCUUGAACAAGACGGAAUGGCAUGACGACAAGAUGUACGCCGUUGGCCCACAUGCCCAGGUGAUCGACGAUAUCCCGACGCUGCUCCAGCAGUGCGCCAUCUACCGUGACGACUUUACGUUUGCUGAUCUGGACAACU